UGCAAGGCUACUUCCGCUUCCGCCGGACACCACCUCGUUCUUUUCCUGUCCCCGCGUUGGCAGAGGGUAGUGGCGGCCGGACGGGACCGGGCCGGGGCCUCCGUUGAAUCCGCCGCCAUCGGCCCUUCAUCGCCGCCGCCAUGACGGAGCAGAUGACCCUGCGGGGGACCCUGAAGGGCCACAAUGGCUGGGUGACCCAGAUCGCCACCACCCCGCAGUUCCCGGACAUGAUUCUCUCCGCAUCGCGGGACAAAACCAUCAUCAUGUGGAAGCUGACGCGGGACGAGACCAACUACGGGAUCCCGCAGCGCGCUCUGCGCGGCCACUCGCACUUCGUUAGCGACGUCGUUAUCUCCUCGGACGGGCAAUUCGCCCUCUCGGGCUCCUGGGACGGGACUUUGCGCCUUUGGGACCUCACCACCGGCACGACCACCCGGCGCUUCGUUGGCCACACCAAGGACGUGCUGAGCGUGGCCUUUUCCUCCGACAACCGCCAGAUUGUCUCGGGCUCCCGUGAUAAAACCAUCAAGCUCUGGAACACUCUGGGCGUCUGCAAAUACACGGUGCAGGAUGAAAGUCACUCGGAAUGGGUGUCGUGCGUGCGGUUCUCGCCCAACAGCAGCAACCCCAUCAUUGUGUCCUGCGGAUGGGACAAGCUCGUUAAGGUGUGGAACUUGGCCAACUGCAAACUGAAGACCAACCACAUCGGGCACACGGGGUAUCUGAACACGGUCACCGUGUCCCCCGACGGCUCCCUCUGCGCAUCAGGAGGGAAGGACGGGCAGGCCAUGCUGUGGGACCUGAACGAGGGGAAGCACCUGUACACGCUGGACGGCGGGGACGUGAUCAACGCGCUCUGCUUCAGCCCCAACCGCUACUGGCUCUGCGCCGCCACCGGGCCCAGCAUCAAGAUCUGGGACCUGGAGGGGAAGAUCAUCGUGGACGAGCUGAAGCAGGAGGUGAUCAGCACCAGCAGCAAAGCCGAACCGCCCCAGUGCACCUCGCUGGCCUGGUCUGCGGACGGGCAGACGCUGUUCGCCGGUUACACUGACAACCUGGUGCGCGUGUGGCAGGUGACGAUCGGCACCCGCUGAGCCCAAAACCGCCCCUUUUCCACCCAAAACGAAUAAAACCGGAGCUGCCGCCUCCUCGUC